GUGUUAAGGGAGUAAUCCGGCAGAUGAGAGACAGUGGAGAGCUGGCCAAGGAUUACUUGCAGAAAGCCCAGGAGAAGAGUCAUCAAUGGGUUAGGCCAGCUGUCCCGGGAGAUGACCGGGACAACGACCGGCGGAGGAAUAACCGGCCAAGGGAGCGGCAACCUGCUCCUGAAAAAGAACACAUCGGCAUGAUCUUCGGCGGACUUGAGGGUCGAGAUUCAGCCGCGCAACGGAAGAACUGGGUCCGGAGCAUUUACGUUGGCGAGGUAAGCGCUGAACCGACCAGGCGUAAACAUACUAGGAGGGAGCCGAUCGUCUUUACUGACCGGGAUCUCCCUCCUACCAGUGAAGAUCACAAUGAUCCAUUGGUCAUCACCAUGGACAUUAAUGGGGUGGAUGUCGCCCGGGUACUUGUUGACACCGGCAGCAGUGUCAACAUCUUAUACCUGGAGACUUUCCAAAAACUCAGGUUGUGUCGGACACAACUUGAACCCCUGAAGACUCCUCUCUCAGGCUUCACGGGGGACACCGUUGAAGCUGAAGGAUCCAUAGUUCUACCGGUCGAACUAGGAUUAGGUGAGAAGACCGUGUGGAAGAAGAUGCGGUUCAUCGUUGUAGACAUUAAAUGCGUCCACAACGCGAUCCUUGGAAGACCGGGCAUCAAUAAGGUCGGGGCGGUGAUUUCCAUGCCUCACCUGUGCAUGAAGUUCCACACUCCAGGUGGUGUGGGUGAAGUGAAAGGUGUUGGGAAAAAUAUCAUAGAUUUUGAAGAUGAUGUAUUUAGAAUGUAAUAGGGACUUUAGGUAUCCCCAGAUAUUCAAUGUAAUUUUUCCUUUUAGAAAUAUUGUUAAAACCAAGUUCUUGAGAUUUCCAAUAAAAUUGUGAUAUUUCUUUAAACGGUUUGAUGCCUGAAGACUUAAUCAAAUUCAGAAAUUUGG